CCUCCCCACGGUAGGGCCGCAUUCCCUGCAAUAAAAUGAAUUCUGAUUCGAGCUCUGUCUCCAGCAGAGCUUCAUCUCCGGACAUGGACGAGAUGUACCUGCGGGAUCACCACCACCGCCACCACCACCACCAGGAGAGCCGUCUCAACUCGGUUUCGUCCACUCAGGGCGACAUGGUGCAGAAGAUGCCGGGAGAAAGUCUCUCGCGGGCUGGCGCUAAGGUCUCGGGCGAGAGCAGCAAGUACAAAAUCAAGAAGCAGCUGUCGGAGCAGGACCUACAGCAACUGCGGCUGAAGAUCAACGGGCGCGAACGCAAGCGGAUGCACGACCUGAACCUCGCCAUGGACGGGCUCCGCGAGGUCAUGCCGUACGCGCACGGGCCAUCCGUGCGAAAGCUCUCCAAGAUUGCCACGCUCCUGCUGGCCAGAAACUACAUCCUCAUGCUCACCAGCUCCCUGGAGGAGAUGAAGAGGUUGGUUGGCGAGAUCUACGGGGGCCACCACUCGGCCUUUCACUGCGGGACCGUGGGCCACUCGGCCGGCCACCCAGCGCACGCCGCCAACGCGGUGCACCCGGUGCACCCCAUUCUAGGCGGCGCGCUCUCAUCCAGCAACGCCUCCUCCCCGCUGUCCGCCGCCUCGCUGCCUGCCAUCGGCACCAUCCGGCCUCCUCACUCACUGCUCAAGGCGCCCUCCACGCCGCCUGCGCUGCACCUGGGCAGCGGCUUCCAGCACUGGGCCGGGCUGCCCUGCCCCUGCACCAUCUGCCAGAUGCCGCCGCCGCCGCACCUGUCCGCUCUCUCCACCGCCAACAUGGCCCGACUGUCCGCCGAGUCCAAGGACUUGCUCAAGUGA